UAAAAGUUAAAUUAAAAAAAGUUAAUAAAAAUAAUAAUAUAAUGUGAUAAGUGAAUUAAUGUCCUUAUAUACAGGUAUUAGAAUAUGAUUGGGUGUAUUGGCUGUAAAAUUAAGAUCUGUAUCAACUUGUUCCUCCAAUUAUUAGAGAUGAUUGAGCCUAUUGUUGAUACUUUUCAUUUUAAUUUUGUUGCUUAUUUAUGUCACUCUUUAAGGAAUAUCUUUUUGACACAUUCGGAUGAUGAUGUGUUGUAUAUAGAUAAAAAAUGCUGUGGCUUCCACGCGAUUCACACUUAUAUGUGCCAAUUUAUUUUGAGGUAUUGCAAAAGAGAGAAUUUCUCAACUCUGUCUUACAACAGGCAAAGUUCUAAAAUGGCUAUCGAGGUCUGUCCCAACCACCAGUACGGAAGAUAAUAUCUAGAACGUGGACAAAAAAUGGAGUAUGAAGAAAAACAUGCAGAUGGCUUUUAACUAGUAUGUGUAGGGAUUUUUAAAGAAUUCUGUGGAUUAAAAUAAAUACAAACUUUAAAGGAACCAUAGAUGUAGAAGUGAUCUUUUGUGUGAUAUACCUGUACUUUUUUGAAAUUAGAGCAGUGUACAGCAUAAUUUGAUUCUCUUGUUAAAGAUAAUCUAACUCCUUCACAUUGGUCAAUAAUUCAUACAAAAGAUAAAUAAAUUAGAAGCAUGAUUAUCUAGCUUUCUAUAUACAUUAUCAAGUCUUGAAAUGAAAUGAUUAAUCUGAACAGAACAAUUUUUUUAAGUUAUUUUAUUAUCCCCUAAAAAUAAAAUAUUAAAUUUAUCUUUAAGAUGUAUUUUCAGAAAAAAUUAUUCCUAGUUCUUUAAUGUACUGGUUAACUUGAAAAUAAUAUCUACAAUAUUUUCCUCUUUAAAGCUAUUAAAUACAUACUGAAAAUUUUAGCUGAUGAUUAUAUUUCACAAGAAUAUUUUUGUAGAAUGUGAAUAAUAAAAGUCAAAGAUUUUGUGUAAAAAUCUGAACAUUUCUGAGACUGACUGAAAAAAUAUUUAGUAGAUUUUGAACAAAGUAAAAUGAAUGAAUAUUAUUUUCAUAAUCCAAAAAGCCUAUAAAUAAAUUAAACAGAAAUCAUGGCAGUUUACGUGAGAAAAAUUGUAUUCACUUUGAAAAAUUCUGUUGUUCGGCAGACUUUUAUUUCAAAAACAAUGCCAAAUUCUUCAAGAGGCAUUCGACAAUUAAGUAUCUCCAGUUGUACACAGUGUAGUAAAAUCCAGACAUUUAAUCACUUUGGAAUAAAAUUGAAGAACUCUGAAAGCGAAAUUACAAGACAUUGCUUGGUUAACAGUUUUAUGUCUCAGAGAUUCUUUUCUACUCCUGCUAAAGAGAGAAUACAGCAAACUUUACCCACUCUUCAUCCAAAGAAGCGGAUAACUCGUAAAAAACCAAAACUAAUGGAUGAAGAAAUUAUUAAUAAAGAUGAAUGGACAGUAGUAGCUCUUGCCACUGCAGAAGAGUAUGAUCUUGAAUCGAUAAAUGUCGGUUUAAAAAAACAGGGUUUAUACCAGCCUUCGUCGAUGCCUGACGACUUACAUGAUGUAUUGCACAUUUCGGCAAAGUAUGAAGUCGGUAAAGAACCCAGAGAAAUUUAUUUUUUUAGGGAAGGAUCUGCAGUAUUUUGGAAUGUUCCUGAAAUUGAGAGACAAGAAGUGAUGUUAUUUUUGAGAAAUUAUGAAACAAAUUCUUAUGAAGAAAACUUGAUUCUAGAAGAAAGUGAAGUUAUGAAUUAUGUUUAUACCGACAAAGAUUACCAUAGAAGUAACAAAACAAGACUUGUUAAUGGAAGAAUUCUGUUAAAUUCAGAAGGAUCUACUGAUUUAGAAAAGUAUACAUUUUCUAACGGAAUGGCAUUAUCUGUCAAAUUAGCUCUUUGGGAAUCAUUUCUGGAUCAAUAUGGAGAUAGCAUUGAAUGGAUUACAGAAAACAUGAGAUUGGGAAAGAAAAUUAAUAUUACUAAAGACCAAGUGUUUCGGAAGACGGGAGAAUUAUAUGCCUUGAGGCACCACAUCAAUCUAAGUUCAGAUUUGUUGGACACUCCCGAUUUCUACUGGGAUCGGCAACACUUGGAACAUUUAUAUCAUAAGAUAUGCAAUUACUUGAACAUAACUAAGAGAACGAAAGUAAUGAAUGAAAAGUUAAGCCAUUGUUUGGAAUUAAUGGAACUUCUUAGCCAUCACUUGAGUGAUAAUCAUCAUGUCAGGCUGGAAGUAAUGAUUAUUAUAUUAAUUUUAAUUGAGGUGGCAUUUGAAGUUAUCCAUUAUGUAGAACACUUUAUUUAAUUGGAAUGUGUAAUGUUAACAUAAAGCAAAUUUUAUACUUUAAUAAAUU